AGAAAAGAAGGGAGGAAAAGUUAAGCAAGGAGCAAGGAACAGAUUCUUUAAUUCCCAUGAUAGGGAAUUCCAUGUGGCUUCCCUUCCUUACAAACCUGACUUCAAAGUUAUGCCCGAGGGUUGGGAUGGUACCACCAGAGAUCUGGAUGAAGUCCAUUAUGAGAUCUCCCAGAAAGAAGAUGAAAUGCUUUAUCACGAAUUCAUCCAGAGGAUGAACUCCAACAAAAAGAAAAUGGCAGGAGAGGUGAAAUCCCACAAGUAUAGCCGGCGCCGUCUGAUUUUAUUUCAGAGGGUUGGAAUUUCACGGUUGAGAAAAUGGGUCCGCGAGGGAAGCAAGGAGGUGGAGGUGGAUGGAAGUUUGUCAGCUUGCCUGAUGGUUCUAGCUGACCUCUGAAUGAAAUGGAAAAAAUGUACGUGAAGCGAGAGACCCCCCGCCGCCGACGCAAGAUACUCCCCUGAUGACCAUUUCUCUGUUCUCAAAUCUUAUAAUCCAGGAUUUUUGUAGCUUGUGUAUCUGAUAAUUGGGAUUCUGAGGUGGUGUUGACCACAAUUUUCAUGUUUUCCCCUGCCAUCAGCGCAAUCCUUUUUUGGCUUGGGAGUAUGAUUAUGUUACUUUUGUGGUAAAACUUGUUAGGGGUUCAACUCUGUUUUGUACAAAGUCGCUAUAUGAG